GAAUUGAAUAAUGUAGUUCUUAUUUUGAUAUAAUUUUUUUAUCAUUUAAUUUUUUUAAACAAAAAAAAUUAUAAAAGGGAUAGCUCCCCCUUUUUUACACACGCUGGCGUCCUAGUCGUCAGAAUAUAAGAACGUUUUAUACUUUCCCUAUACAUGUUCACCUGCUUAUCAAGGACGACCCGUUUUAAGCAAAGACCUAAUAACAAGAUGUUCAAAGCUUGUAAAGCGUAGGAUAACUGUAAAUAAUGACUGUUUUGUGGACACUAAAGCUGCCCUUUUAAUGUCUAAAAGCUGAGAUUAAUUUACUUGAACGUUCAGGAAUUUAAAGUAACUUAUCAGAGUAUUUCAAAUAUGAUAAUUCCGCUGUUUUCGUUCGUGAUGUAUACACGGAGUUUAUUUUGCGUAACAUGGUCCAUUUGUUGUCGGCUGGAUGUUUCCACCGUAAAUAUUUCACCCAUGUGCUCAUAGUCGCUUAAAAUGCACCCAAGAAAUUCUCACAAAAUGGUUAUAUUUAAAAAUCCACCAUUCUCUAGCAGUGCGUUGGCUGAAAAGUUAACCGAUCUUUCAAGGCUAAAGGCAACACCGCCACACUAUCCUUCCAAGUGAAGUGUUUUUUCGGACUCCAAAGCAGCGCACUUCCUCCAUCUCACAAAACAUCAAGGGGUAAAGGGAUGAGUAUCGAAUGUUAAUAUCAAAAGGCGUCAUAGCGGCGGCGUGCUGUGCCAUUUAACCAAACACCAGACGGUUUUUACGAGUUAAUCCAAGACGGGACAACGUUAUGAGUUUUUGAUGAUUUCUGUACACAAACUAGACCCAAGAGCUAAAUGCGAGAUGAGUAACGAUCUUUUGGUAUGUGCCAUCAAUUUGUGCUUGAGAUGAUAUGGCAAUGGUUUCAGGGUAUCGUUAAUAGCUGAGGAGGGGCGAUGAUAAUGUCGCUAGUCCCCUGCAGUUGCCUUUUGGUUAUAGAAUGUUACCCUGGGGGAAUUUUAAAAAUACAAACGUCAUAGUUGUAAAUUAGAUAGUGAUUUUCCUCCUCUCGGGAAAAGACGAUGGUAGUCUAUAGGCUAUUGAUGACUCUGGGGGUUGCCCUAUGAAUCUUGUGACUUGGAGGAACAAAGUUCCUUUUGGUCCAUGUCUUUUCAAAGAACCACUUCUCCAAUAAGUCGUGAGCACUCAAUCAAACAAUUUACAUUUCAAUAGAUUGCCGAGACCACAACGCGGUAGUUGUUUAUAUCGUUAACUGAGAGAAAAUACAACUUAUUCCUAGGUAGCAUAUCGUCAAUAAUAAACAAGGGUUUUGAAUAGAUUGUUUAGAGGGUUGUGAUUAAAAAAAAUCAAAAUCUUUUUGUGCCAAAGAUCUCGCACCUCGCCGUCCUUUAACAAAAUGUUUCUCUAUGAAAUAUUCGUUAUCAGUUAUACAAACAGAGUAUCACUUAAAUUAAUUGAUUGUGAGAGAUGUGUUUUUUAUUUAUUGUCAAGUAGAAUGAGCUUAUUGUGCAUUUGAUUCUCGGCCGCCUAUGACGAAAACCGUUUAAAAUUUUCUGCUCGGCUUUACUGACCGUGUGCAUUUCCGUUCUCAAAGCGUCGGUUCAAGAGCUUUAUUCUUCUCAUGUUAAGAGCAUUUUACAAAACGCCGCACUUGGUAAACAAAUCAAUUGUUGAUCGUCCCACUUAUAUUAAGAGGAUGUUGACAUUUGUUUAAUCCGAAGGUAGAAUGAUAUCGUUGUCGUCAACACUCUCGUCUAAACUCCUCUUCACUGUAAUCAUGCCUCGAGGCAAUGCGACCUUCUAUUUUUACUCAAUUGUUUGUAGCAUAACCGGCAACAACUAACACUAUUGUCAAAUGUUUUUUUCCCCACCCCCGAAACAUCUAAAUAAGAUCUAAUCCCCCUGACAAUAGGUUUUUUUGAGCGUUUUAAUAUUGUAGUCAUCUUUAUCACCAAUCGAGAAAAUUAGCUUUUCAGUUGAUCCUUGCAUCUGAAGCUGCAUUAUUGUUGACCCCUGUGACCGGAUUCGCUCUAAUCACAUCUCGUAUAGUGGUAAACAGCCGCCUUGACUGACAGACCUUAAAGCCGUUGACACCUCGAUAAUUCUUGGGCCAUCCCUUUAUAUUCAUUUGGAUUGGAGUUUGCGCUAUUAGGACGUACCACAGAGACCGGCGUGCAAGAAAGUGGACUUAUUCUUCUCCAUCAUUAUAGCGGUUUAAGUGAGAAACGCGGCAUCAUGAGAGUAAUUAUCACUGCGAUUGUCCCGCUUAUAAGUUUGCUGGUAUCGAGCGAGGCUGUUUGGUGGACACUAGGAACACAGCUCUCCGUCUCCUCGGACCCCGCCAAAAAGUCAAUGCUAUGCUACGUGACUCGGCAAUUUAACUCGAGGCAGCAAGAAGUUUGUCGAAAGAACCCUGAUUUGAUGGAACACGUUGCGCACGGCGCGAAAUACGGCGUACAUGAGUGUCGUCACCAGUUCCGUAACCGCCGCUGGAAUUGUUCCACAAUAAGAGAGUCCGGGUCGUUGUUCGAAUCAGUGCUUUCUAAAGGUUGUCGUGAAGCUGCGUUCGUGCACGCUGUAACCGCUGCAGGCGUCGCGCAUUCCGUCACCGACGCUUGCUCCAAAGGAAGAAUAGAAAGCUGCGACUGUGAUCGUAAUCUCAGCGGUCGAUCGUCUAAAGGCUGGACAUGGUCUGGCUGUAAUAGCAAUAUCAAGUUCGGCGUGUGGUUCAGCAAACAGUUCACGGAGGCGCGCGAGAGGGGUGGUGACUUGAGACAGAUUAUGAACAGGCAUAACAGCAGGGCAGGGAGAAAGGCAUUAGAAGAGCUAGUCUGGCGGAAGUGCAAGUGCCAUGGUCUGUCCGGGUCGUGUUCCAUGAAGACUUGCUGGAUGCAGCAGGCAAACUUCCGCCAAAUCGGCGACCACCUCAAGGUGAAGUACGAUAGCGCAGUCGAAAUGACUACCAAGGUGAACAGGCGCGGGAAAAAGCGUCUCAAACCCAAGUACAGCCAUUUCAAAAAGCCCUCCGAUAAAGAUCUCAUCUACUUCGAGACCUCACCAAACUACUGCGACAAAAACGUCACCGUCGGCUCGCUAGGGACUUCGGGAAGACAGUGCAACUACACUUCGAACGGGAUUGACGGGUGCGAACUGCUCUGCUGCGGGCGUGGCCACAAUAUCCAGCAAGCGAAAAUUACCAGGAAUUGUAACUGUGUAUUCAAGUGGUGUUGUGAAGUCAAGUGCGAACGAUGUAAAGAAGUGGUUAACAUCUACACUUGUAAAUAAUCCAGCAGUUUGUGAGUGCAGACGCUUUGGGAAAUGUAGUAUAACACGGAAAUUCUAGGAGAACGUCGCCGUUGGUUGUCAGAAUCUCUUAUCCUCGAUCGGAAAGCAGCAACGCUCGAUGGUAGUAGUUCUUCAAGAGAAUGGAAGCCUUUUUGAUGCUAUCCACCACUGGGUAUAAACCACGACCUGACCAGGGGGAUGACUCAUUAUUCGCCUAGCUAUCCACCACUGGGUAUAAACCACGGCCUGACCAGGGUGAUGACUCAUUAUUCGCCUAGCCAUCCACCACUGGGUAUAAACCACGACCUGACCAGGGGGAUGACUCAUUAUUCGCCUAGCCAUCCACCACUGGGUAUAAACCACGGCCUGACCAGGGGGAUGACUCAUUAUUCGCCUAGCUAUCCACCACUGGGUAUAAACCACGGCCUGACCAGGGGGAUGAAAUGUUUUAAAGACUGUAAACUUGCUCGCGCGUCUUUUCUCUCUAAUUCUAGGCGAAUAUGUAGAGGGCGUUAAAAAAUAUCCUUUCAUGUGCGUUUUCAUCCGUUAUUUUCAGUGAUAUAUCAAGAAAAGUGUUUUUCGAACAGUUUGCUUAUAAUUAUUUCAUUUUUUUUAGAAUAAAUAUAAUUUUGAAUCAAUGUUCGGCAGGUUGGUUAGCGUCAUGACAUAAAUCUCAAUAAAACAAUCAACUUGACUCUUCUUCGAAAGUUUAUGCGAUUUACGAAUUAAGAGAGUUACGAAUUUCGGAGCGUCAAUAUGUUAGGAGGCCUUGAAAAAGACAAAAUUAGUAUAGCAAUCCUGGAAUUGCGGUUAUUGCAUUUUUUAGGACAAACUAUUGUAGCAUCUUAUUAGAUAAGUUAUUUAUUUAAAACAACAGUAUGUGUAAAGGAAGUCUAAGGCUAAGUUCAAACGUAGUAUUAUCCAUGAGCCGUAUUCAAUGCAAAUGCAUGCAAAUGAAGAUGAAACAAUCGACUCAUAGAUAAUACGACGUUUGAACAUAGCCUUAAAUAACUGUAUUUUUUCCUAGAAUACUCAUUUUAUAUGAUUAAUUUCGAAGUGCGAAUUCGACAUGUGAAUAGGCGUUUUGCAGCUAGUCUGCCUGUGGUUAUACUGGAGGGUAUGAACUUUAAGAACGAGAUGUUUCAAAUCGCCCACAAAACAGCGCUACCUGGGUUGAGCACCUAGAUAAUUAAACAAGUCGAGUAAAAAGUUCAGAUAAUUGGGGUAGGUUGUUCUUAUAGGUUUUUUUUUUGUCAAUGAGCAGUCAUGGUCAUUCAAUUUUCUCUUGUGAGUCUAGAGGUCCUAUCAGUUGCUCUGAGUAAAAGAACAGCCACAUGACUGUUAAGCUGCAAAAUACCUUAAAAGAACAGCCACAUGACUGUUAAGCUGCAAAAUACCUUAAAAGAACAGCCACAUGACUGUUAAGCUGCAAAAUACCUUAAAAGAACAGCCACAUGACUGUUAAGCUGCAAAAUACCUUAAAAGAACAGCCACAUGACUGUUAAGCUGCAAAAUACCUUAAAAGAACAGCCACAUGACUGUUAAGCUGCAAAAUACCUUAAAAGAACAGCCACAUGACUGUUAAGCUGCAAAAUACCUUAAAAGAACAGCCACAUGACUGUUAAGCUGCAAAAUACCUUAAAAGAACAGCCACAUGACUGUUAAGCUGCAAAUUACCUAUUAUAUAUACGCGGAUACAUCCGCGCCAUCUUGGCGAGUCCCGUCGUUGAAAGAUUUGCUUGUGUUCUCUCUAUAAUAAUAAUAACCCCUUGUGAGCUAAGGAGAUCUCGUCUUUUCAGCUGCUAUUCGUAGAAGCGGAGUCUUGCAACACAUACUGACUUUAUUAGUUAUCGUCAUUAUUAAUAAUAUUUGUAAAUACUUUUUUUCAUACACUUCAAUAAACCAAUAAUUAAUUGCGUUUACAUUGGUAAAUGUGGUUGGUACUUAGUAGGAAAUGCGCAGCCGUGUUCCCUGUAGUAGGGGGUAUUUGUGGGGAAGGGUGAGGCAGGCAUACGACACUUCUCGGGGACUGAAAGCUCAGAAUAGUAUAUCUCUGUUAUGUUAUGGUUCUAGACGAACUGGGGAUGACCAUAGUGGAUCGAGUGAAUAAGGUAAACACAUAAUUCAGGGGCGUUGCCAUGGUGGUGGCCCAGGGGGUCGUUACGUUACGUCUCAGCUGGAAGCGAAUGUUGAACGUUCUUGAGAAAUCCUGGCUACGCCCCCUGUAAUUGAUACGCGUUUUUCUGAACGGAAGCAAUGAAAUCACUCUAAUGAAUGUUAGUCUAUUUGAUACUAUUAGCGGCAGGGUUUCUUCCCUGAGGUAGUCUUAAAAUAUAGGAAUAACAUUUGGCGGCAAGAACAAGUCUUCAGCGUGCUUGAUCAAGUCUAGCUCUGAAUGGAAGGGUCGGGCACUAUGGCAAAUUGCCCUCAAUAUUUUCUUAAUGUUUCUGUAUUGUGCCCCCAUCAUCAUACUAUGCAGUAAGCAUGUACAGAGUCACUUUAUAGAGCAGGGCAGACUUCUUCAGUCUGCCCUGAAGAAGUCUUAUUAAAGACGAAAAUUUGGCAGAGUCGAUUUCCAGCUUUUGGUGUAUUGUACUCUGAUGUUUAAAGAUAGAUAAAAAAGUACAAAACAUCCCACUCGCGGAACAAAAGUGGCUACGAAGAAAUCUUAUCACUUCCCUUAUAACACUAACAAAAUUAAAAUUUAUUAAUUAUUUUACAAAAUUCAAACCUUUCCUAAAACCAAUGCUAAAACAUUACCGGAUAAAUCUGUGUUCCUCCCGGGCAAAAUAAAAUUCAAAAAUCGAUAUCCCUGAUAAGAGGCUGCUCAUUCUAGACUGAUCGCCGCCAUGGCACUAGCGGUGUUUUCAAGGUAGUGCCAGUAAACAAAUAAGGACGUAACUCAUUUUAGCUCAAACUAUUUGUGUUUCUUAUCGCAUGUAUUUGUUUAAGCUUUUGAGAAUUGGUCUAAAUUCUAAUCCAAUUGUUUUGUGGAAACAACACGGGCAUUUACGGUUAUAGGAGGACGCCUCGUUUCCACGUGUCCCAACGAGAGACUCCUUCCUAAAAAUCAGUGAAUUACAGUGAGCUGGUUUGGCAGACUUGUUAAAGUGGUCCUGUGACGCCUACUGAAAUAAAUAUUGCCACUCUUGCUAUCGCCAAUAUGUCAGUUGACCUAAAAGAUACUUCUUGAUACUAAACCACUUUUUCUUUUAACCACACACAGCCUGUUUUUUUUUAAUAAAGUCAUCUAAUCAUAUGUGACCCGGCAAGGGAAAACGUACACUAGAGAAAAAGCGUUCGGACUAUGAACGAAAAAUAUCGUUCGAUGCUAGAAACGCUCUCCGAUUUUUAAGAUCGUUUCUCCGAAGUCAAGAUCGUUUGUCCGAAGGCAAUAUCGUUCUUCCAAAAACAAGAUUGUCUUCCACUUUUUAAAAUAUCCUCUUUUUUAAAACAACGUCUAAUUUUCAGUUGAGGCUAGGCCGUUCAUAUUUUUUGGACGUUUUAAGGCUGAAUAUGUUCAUAACGAUGUUCUUAAAUUUUAGUGUGUAUAAGGAUAUAAUACCAAAUGAAUUAUAAGGAAGAGAAUAACACUAAUGAUCGAUAGCAAUAAUUAGGUUGUCACUAUGAGCACAAUUUGAUUCUGAAUUUUAGAACGCAUCAGGACUAAAAAAAAUAAAAAUAAACUCUGCUAUCUGAGCCUCUGCAUGUUCUUGAAAUUUGGUGAAAUUUCAGGAUGGAUGUUCUCAUGAAAACGGUUCUUGUAAAAAAAUAGUGUAUGGCUCAUAAUCAAUUUGAACAUCUUACUUAUAUCGCGAUGAUCGUAAUAGCAAAUUAAAGCUCAGAUAGUAAAGCUUUGGUCGCCAUUAACAUUUCGUUUUUUUAAAAAGACAAGAAAAUAUCAACGCCGACUCGCUUUUUUGCAUACGGCAUACGACGAACUUUACCUUUUAACGUAUCGCGACAACCCUAAUGGCAAGAAAGCUGAGUUAUAGAGGACUAUUUUAAAAGAGGUCUGUUUGAUGCGCGAGUUUAGUAACCACCGAGAACUGUCAUAUUGCAAAGACAACUCGACAACUAUCGCCCCCGAUAUCUUCAUCAGAUGCAGUUACUGUGUGCUUGACCAGCGGCGUAACCAGGAUUUUUAUUUUUCAGGGACAUUUUCUCUUGUAUUUAAGAUAAUGUCCAUACAUUUACUGUAUUUUUAGCUGCUCAAGGGGAGGGGGGGGCUACGCUCCUGUUGACUCGCCAUUGUUUACUAAAUAUAGACUUACCCCGAUUCUCUAUGUUCUGUGGAGUUCGAAGACAAAGGGACAAAUACCGUUUAAAUUUAUCCAUUAGAUUAGACUUUGAUAAUUGAUCGAAUUUGUUUACUGAGACAUAUUUAUUUAUCUUAUUUAGAUGCUUUUAUCACGCUACAAAAGAAAAAAAGAAAGUAACGUGAUGAAGCAAACGGACUCAAUGUCCGUUCCCACGGGUUACCUGUGCUCCAGAUAGUCUGGGUUGGAGAUGCAUUUGAAAUUACCCAUAAGGCCUUCCGAUUGCAAACACGCGUUGGCGCCAUUUUUAAAAAGAGAUUCGAGAAACGGAGAGCUUCGUGUUUGCAUCAGCGUUGAAAUGUGAAAUUUCCUAGCAUUUUUAAGCAAGAACUCAAAAGAUGGAUGUUAAGAAUUAAUUGAAACUUUCAAAUGUUGUAGAGGAAGCUGAAUUGUUCUGAAAAAAUACCAAGAAGAGGUUGAGAGUCGUGAAGUGUUCAAAUUCAAGCACAGCUUUCUGCCAAGACCGCAGUAGAACGCGUGCAGACGACCCAGCUUGGGAAGUCUACUUGAUGCAAAGCUCAGACCCGUUACGGAUUGCUCAGGUAAAUUUAACCCGUAUUAGACGGUUUGGGAACGGGAAUUGUCUAGAUACGCGACAGCCGGAAGCGUAUUAUACCAAAACUUUAGACACCCGUGAGUUUUAUGGUUUUGUUAAACAAAAAUCGAUUUUCCUUCAUGAUGCAAUCUUAAUCUAAGAGCGAUUUGUAAAGAACUAGAACUAUGAAAAAUAUGACUCAAACCUGGCGUGUUCAAUAAUAUCUUACUAUCUAAGAUAGUAUAUUGCUCCUUGGUUUUAUGCAAUGAAAUAACGUAAAAUUUCAACAUUUUCACCGAGGUAAUUGCCUCACUUAUUUGCCACUUGCUGGUUACAUCCAGGAUUGUGCCUUGGUUGUAUAUGGAAUGUGUAGUUAAGCCAAACAAUAUGAAUUGAUUGUCUUUUAUUGUUAUACAGGCUGUAGUUAUACAGACUGUAAUUUUAUUGAUUAGAAUCGAUUAAUAUUAGUUAUCAGUUCUAUAGAUUCAACAUGUCGGAUCAAAAUCACCCCUGAUGAAAAAGAGAUCAUAACCCACUCCAAGAGCUCCUUCCUGGUCCACAACCAAACACCCUGGCAGAAGAAAGGCAACACGAUAUUUGAUGUUACGAUGGGGAGCUUCGAUGGCGCAGAAACCUGUGAACUUGUAGGCAACUUCCUUCUCUCCCAACUUCAGGACCUCAAUAUGAACGUAGGACUCUACCGCGACGACGGACUAGCCAUCACCAACGCCACACCCAGAGCCACCGAAAACC